AUAGAUAGAUACCAAUUUCUCCUUUACCUAUUGCCACCUUUCCUAGGAAUAACCGUUCUCAUUCUUCUUUUCUCUUUGGACUUUUCCCCACAAUCUCUUCCUUCCAAUCCUCACCAACUCCUUCAUUCAACUUUGUUGCCUCCUCAGCAUAUUCCCUUCAUAGCAAUAAUCGUUAAAUUACUCUUCUUCUUUCCACAUUCUCUGUUCUUGUCCCUCAAUCCAUACAUAAAUCUCUCUCCUCAACAACACAAACACAAACACCUUGUUCUUUUUGUUUUACACAUUCAACCAACUACUACGUUGUUAUUGUUUAAACAUCAUCAUCAUGAUAUCACAACUCAACUACACAUUACCCUUUUCUUCUUCAACUUCUAUUCCAAGGCCUAAACUUUGCACAAUACCCACUUUUCACAAUCUUCAAAACAACACAAAUAACCUCUCUUUAUCUUCCUUCAAACCUCUUUACAUAUCAUCCAUUGAAAACUUCAAAUUCUCAACAACAACAAAACUCAGAAAAAGUGUAACAGAAUGUCAUGCUUAUGAAGAAGCAGAUAGGUCACAGCCAUUGGAGAUUAACAUUGGUGAACAAGCUGCUAAGUUCAAAAUUGGUUUGUAUUUUGCUACUUGGUGGGCUUUGAAUGUUGUCUUCAAUAUUUACAACAAGAAGGUUUUGAAUGCUUUUCCUUAUCCAUGGCUUACUUCAACUUUGUCCCUUGCUGCUGGUUCUCUCAUCAUGUUAAUCUCAUGGGCUACAAGGGUUGCUGAGGCUCCUAAGGUUAAUUUGGACUUUUGGAAGGCCUUGUUUCCUGUUGCGGUGGCACAUACAAUUGGGCAUGUUGCAGCUACUGUGAGUAUGUCCAAAGUUGCAGUUUCAUUUACACACAUCAUCAAAAGUGGAGAGCCUGCUUUCAGUGUUCUGGUAUCAAAGUUAUUGCUUGGGGAAGCAUUCCCUAUGCAGGUUUACCUUUCACUAAUACCAAUCAUUGGAGGUUGUGCACUUGCUGCUGUCACUGAGCUUAAUUUCAAUAUGAUUGGGUUUAUGGGGGCUAUGAUAUCCAAUGUGGCCUUUGUGUUUAGGAACAUAUUCUCAAAGAAGGGAAUGAAAGGGAUGUCUGUUAGUGGAAUGAACUACUAUGCUUGCCUCUCCAUAUUAUCUCUAUUGCUUCUCACCCCUUUUGCUAUUGCUGUCGAAGGCCCAACGAUGUGGGCUGCUGGCUGGCAAACAGCAGUGUCUCAGAUUGGUCCCAAUUUUGUCUGGUGGGUAGUUGCACAGAGUGUGUUCUACCAUUUGUACAAUCAAGUCUCUUAUAUGUCUCUUGAUCAGAUUUCUCCAUUAACAUUUAGCGUAGGGAACACAAUGAAGAGAAUCUCGGUUAUUGUCUCUUCCAUUAUUAUCUUCAACACGCCAAUUCAGCCAAACAAUGCCCUUGGUGCUGCCAUUGCAAUCCUUGGCACCUUCCUCUAUUCACAGGCUAAACAGUAAUGUGUAGAUUAGAAGCUGCUAUGUCAUGCAAAGCAAAGUGAGAAGAUUCAAGGAUGAAGUUCCAAACUGAUGAUAUCACAAUUGAAGUGUGAUGAGAAAUUAUACAUUUAUUAAUGAAGCCAGUAGAAAUUUGAAGCUGCUUAAUUUGAGGCCAUAUAGUUAUAGAAAUCUUAAUCACAAUUCAAUCUUGUUUUCACUUUUCAAUAUUGAUUUUUUUAUUUUGUUUCUUUCCUGUUAUCUGAUUUUAAAGAAUGUACUGCAGUAAAUAAGAACAAUGAGUCAGAAAUUUUGCAA